AUGUGCAUUGAACCUAUCUCUCUUGUUGUUUUCGUAUCCCUGGUAUUUUUCUUUGGGUUCGUGAAGUACUUCAAACGUAGAGAAGGGCUAAUAAAGACUAGAACUUUGCAACCAGAAUACAACGACAAGUAUCCUUACAGUAAAGGAAAAGAGGAAGAAAUGAGUGAACUGGCAAACGUGAAUGACGUUCCACUGAAGAUAAGAAAGGACAAAUACCCUGCAAAGGAACAUAACUUGAGAGUUAAAGAGUUGUUGUUUGAGCGCAAUUCAAGGUUGUCUGAGGGGUUCACAGCAUUUUUUAUUGCUGGUGAAGAAUUAGAAGGAAAUAAAUAUUGUGACACCACUAGAGAAUUUAGACAAAAUAGGUAUUUUUAUUAUUUGUCAGGUGUUGACAUACCUUGUUCGAUGUUGUUGUUCAACUGUAGCACAGAUAAAUUGACGUUGUUUUUGCCAAAUAUCGAUGAAGAGGACGUCAUGUGGAGCGGUAUGCCUUUGAGUUUGGAUGAGGCUAUGAGAGUUUUUGACAUCGAUGAGGCCUUGUACAUAUCUGAAUUGGAGUCGAAGUUUAAAGAGUUGAAAGAUUUUACUAUUUUUACAACCGAUUUGGACAACGUUCAUAACAAGAACAUUGAAGAAUUACUAAUCCCUGCAAAUCCUGACUUCUUUUAUGCUAUGGACGAAACUCGAGUAAUCAAGGACUGGCAUGAAAUUGAAUGCAUCAGAAAAGCUUGUCAAAUUUCAGAUAAUAGCCAUUUGGCCGUUAUGUCUGCUUUGCCCAUCGAAUUGAACGAGUUACAAAUGCAAGCUGAGUUCGAAUAUCAUGCCACUCGCCAAGGUGGACGUUCUUUGGGUUAUGACCCCAUUUGUUGCUCGGGACCUGCAUGUGGUACGUUACAUUACAUCAAGAAUUCCGAAGAUAUCAAAGGUAAACAUUCCAUCUUAAUUGAUGCAGGCGCAGAAUGGAGACAAUAUACAAGUGAUAUCACUAGAUGCUUCCCAACUUCAGGUAAGUUCACUGUGGAACAUCGUGAAGUUUAUGAAACCGUUCUUGACAUGCAGAAUCAGGCAAUGAAACAGAUCAAACCUGGUGCUAAAUGGGACGAUUUACAUGCGUUAACGCACAAGAUUCUUAUCAGACACUUUUUGAGUAUGGGUAUUUUCAAGAAAGAAUUUUCUGAAGAUGAAAUAUUUAAAAGAAGGGCUUCUUGCGCUUUUUAUCCCCAUGGACUAGGUCAUAUGUUAGGGCUUGAUGUACACGAUGUUGGUGGUAAUCCAAACUAUGAUGAUUCAGAUCCAAUGUUUAAGUACCUAAGAAUCCGUCGUACUUUGAAAGAAAAUAUGGUUGUCACCAAUGAACCAGGUUGCUAUUUCAAUCAAUUUUUGAUCAAGGAAUUCUUAGAAAAACACCCAGAAAGAUUGGAACUUGUCGACAUGAAUGUGUUGAAAAAAUACAUGUACGUUGGUGGUGUUAGAAUCGAAGAUGAUAUUCUUGUAACUAAAGAUGGAUACGAGAACUUGACUAGUAUCACUUCUGACCCCGCUGAAAUUGAAAGAAUUGUCCAAAAGGGCCUGAAAAAGACUCGUUCGGCUUUCAAUGUAGUCGUCUGA